AUGGAGAGUAUCUUAUUGCAUCAGGUGUUGGGUGAUGACUAUUCAAAGAUUGCGUUUCUUUGUGCUGAUCGUUCUGUUUGUCUACAUGCAAAAUAUGGAAGUCACUACAGUUUGCGGAUUCCAAGGAUGGGGAGGGAUGUUGCAUAUGAUUGCUGGUCUUGUGACUUACUUUGUGCUGCCUCUUCUCCAGAUUUAUAUAGAAUUAAUCUAGAACAGGGGCGAUUCCUAUCCUCACUUAACACACAGUCUCCAGCACUAAAUGUAGUCUCUCGAAGCAAAGUUCAUGGAUUAGUUGCUUGUGGUGGUGAGGAUGGUGCUGUGGAAUGCUUUGAUGUAAGAGCCAAAUCUUCAGUUGGUAGGAUAAAUGCUGUUGCACCAUCUGGUGACCCUGACCAGGAGGUUACUGCAAUAGAGUUUGAUGGAGACUCAGGUUACCUCAUGGCUGUUGGAAGUAGUGCUGGAAAGGUCCUGAUAUAUGAUUUGCGUUCUUCAUAUCCUAUGCGAGUAAAGGAUCACAUGUAUGGCAGUCCAAUAUUGGAUAUUAAGUGGCAUCGAACUCUUAACUCUGAGCGGCCAAAGCUACUUACUACUGAUAACCAUAUCGUCAGGAUUUGGGACCCUGAGACAGGAGAAGGCAUGACCAGCAUUGAGCCCACCGCUGGAACAAUAAAUGAUUUGUGUGUGUUCAGUGAAAGUGGGUUGAUAUUAUUGGCUCUUGACAGCAGCCAGAUACCCUCUUAUUUCAUACCUGCCCUUGGACCGGCUCCCAAAUGGUGUUCUUACCUAGAAAACUUAACGGAAGAGCUGGAGGAGGGUGCACAAACAACUAUUUAUGAUGAUUUCAAAUUUUUAACGAAAGACGACCUUCACAGGUUGAAUUUAUCGAAUUUGAUCGGCACCAAUCUUCUUAGAGCCUACAUGCAUGGUUUCUUUAUUGAUUACCGGUUGUAUAAAAAGGCGCAAGCAAUGGCUGAUCCAUUUGCAUAUGAUGCUUAUAUUGAGCGGCGGAAGCAGGAGAAAGUGGAGGCCGAACGUGCCUCUCGAAUUACGAUGAUGAAUUUACUUGAUCUAUUGUGCAACUCUAAACAAAUGAGGGGUGAGGGACUGAUUCCUAGUGGACAUCAAAUUAAGAGAAAACUGCCAAAAGUUAACCGGGUUCUUGCAGCUCGUAUUCUUGAAGAUGAAGAAGCUGAAAAUGAGAAGAAGGAUGAUGAUAGUGUCGAUACUAAGAAAGCAUCCAAGAAAAAGAAAGGACUCACCAGUGAGGUUCUGAAAGAUGAACGAUUUGCAUCAAUGUUUGAAAAUAAGGAUUUUGAAAUUGAUGAAUUUUCACAAGAGUAUCUAUCUUUGCACCCUAUGGCGUCCAUGAAGCAACCAUCUUUGGUGGAGGAACAUUUUGAGCCUAUCAUGGAAGACGAGGAUCAGAAUUUAAGUGAUUCUGAUGCAUCUGUAGCCUCUCAAUCAUCAGAAGAUGAGCGUGCCGCCGACAACACUAAAUCUCAAAAGAAAGCACGAGUUCCAAGAUUGUACGAAGUGAAGGAUGAGCGGCACGCGGAAGCAUUCUGGAACCGGGCAUCACUUGCAAAGGAGGACUCUCUUCCAUUGGGAGAGAGGGUGGCAGCUAUGACAAAUGACCAGUGGGGCUCACGUGCUUUUAAGGAUGUUAAGGUGGGAUCAGGAGGGUCGCGAGAGAUUUCCUUCCUUUCUAGAAGCUCAGCAAGGUACAAAGAGGAUGAGGAGGACAAGGAAACACGACGAGGAAAGAGAAGGGGAGUCCAAUCUUUAAGGCUGAAGCCCGACAGAUCAGGAGGAUUUCCCGGGCGUGGGAGAGGAGGGAGUCGUGGGAGAAGCAGAGGAAGAGGCCGUCGGUGA